GCGUUCCGGCUGCGAUGGUCGGUACCGUGCGGGCUCUCUCGGAGCCGCUAGCCGAGAAGGCACGGCUGGAGUUGAACGAGCAGGCGGACCGCAUCGAGGAAGAUCUGGCCGCGCUCCGGCACUGGCUGGCCCGGACACCGCACAUCCGGGCCCGCAUCGACGACCAGUUCCUGGUGACGUUCCUGCGCGGCUGCAAGUACAGCCUGGAGCGGGCCAAGGAGAAGAUCGACAUGUUCUACAGUGUGCGCACGGUACUGCCCGAGAUGAUGCGGAACCGCGAUCCGCUGGAGCCGCGCACCCUCGAGAUCAUCCGGCUCGGCGUAGGACUUCCGCUGCCCCAAACGGACGGCCCGGCGGCGCCCCGUAUCGUGCUGGUCCGGCCGGGGAUCUACGAUCCACAUCGGUACCGCAUCGAGGAGGUGAUCAAAGUGAGCACCAUGCUCAACGACAUCAUGAUGCUGGAGGACGACAACAUGGUUAUCGGUGGCCAGGUCGGCAUUCUAGACAUGGCCAACGUAACGCCGGCUCACUUUCUACAGUUUACGCCGACAUUCGUGAAGAAGAUGACCAUGAUGAGCCAGGAAGCGUCGCCGUUGCGCCAGAAGGGCUUCCACUACAUCAACACGCCGAGCAGCUUCGAGCUGGUGUUCAACAUGUUCAAAAGCUUCAUGAGCGAAAAGAACCGCUCCCGGCUGUACGUUCACGGAAGCAACCUGGAGUCGCUGUACGAGUACGUCCCGAAGCGGUUGCUGCCGAAGGAGUACGGGGGCGAGGGUAGCUCGCUGGUGGACAUUGGGGCCGUGUGGGAGAAGAAACUGGUCGCCUACCGGCAGUACUUUGCCGAGGAGGACCAGUACGGGACGGACGAACGGAAGCGCGUCGGGCGCCCGAAGACGGCCGAAACGCUGUUCGGCAUGGAAGGCUCGUUCCGCCAGCUGGAGGUGGACUGAGGGCGAGCCCCCCCGUUCCACGUUUGUUCCAUAACCUCCAUCCGUCCAUCAUCAUCCGGCGCUGGCACUCAUCAUCAUCUCCGUGAUCAUCUUCACGUCCGGACAAUCGGUUAAAUCGGUUUUUAUUAGACAGACACGUACUGUGCUCGCAGCGAUCCUGCAGCGGGCAGACCUCAUACUCUGCUGCUGCUCCUGCAUCCGACGGUCACUCAACUAGCCGACGGAAGCGUUUGUGUCUGUUCAGUCGAGUUUUGUGCAAUCUUGUGCUGUUUUGUUUCGUUAAGUUUGAAU